GCUUCCUGUAACCCGGCAUGUGCACCAUGAUGAAAUACAGAUGUGGGCUGGAUUUGACAGAAUGAGUGCGGAGUAACGUAUUAGUCCAAUCAUCGCACUUUCGCUCCCAGUCCGCGCACAACGAAGCAUACAAUGGCUCGCAGCAGUCCAAACAUUAUUAUCACCGGCACGCCGGGCGUCGGGAAGUCCACCCAUUGCGAACAACUAGCGGAAGCUACAGGGCUCAAACAUAUGUCCAUCAAUCAAAUCGUCAAGGACCGAAACUGCGCCGAAGGCUUUGAUGACGAAUUGAAGAGCUGGAUCGUAGACGAGGACAAGCUGUUGGACGCCAUUGAAGACGAGGUUAAAGACGGGGGAUAUAUCAUUGACUGGCACGCUUGUGAUAUCUUUCCUGAGAGCUGGAUUGAUCUGGUGGUUGUUCUUCGCUGCGACACCGCGGUACUCUAUGAUCGCUUAAGCGGUCGAAAGUACAGCCCCAAGAAGCUAGAGGAGAACAUGGACGCGGAGAUUAUGCAGGUGCUCCUGGACGAGGCGAGAGAAGGAUUUGCCGAGGAGAUCGUGGUGGAGCUACAGAGCAAUACCAUCGAGGAUGUCGACACCAAUGUGGAACGUAUUAAGACAUGGGUUGAGAAUUGGACACGAGAUACUGCUCCGGCAACAAGUUGAAAGUGGCACCAGAAAGUACUGUACUGUGCAAGCUCUAUAUCUCGUGUACAGGCGCAUUCAGGUAUGGUAAGCCAGAUCCGUUCCAUCUUUACCGGAACCGCCGUUACUGACUCAUAAGUUCAGACUUGCUCCUUCAACCACUCCUGAAGCUUCUCUAAAGCCUUCCCACGGUGGGAGACCUUGUUCUUCUCCGACUUCUCCAUCUCCGCAUACGUCUGACCCUCAUACUCAAAUGACGAAUC